UCUUUUUAAAGUUUCAGGUUCUCUUCCUCAAACAACCAACCCAUUCAAAGUCCUUGUAUACUUUUUCUGUUGUUUCUCUGCUUGUGCUCUCAAUGGAGCUAGCUUUGAGCUUGGGAGAUCCCUCAAAGCCAUUCAAAUUCAUUGACAAAAACCCCACCAUGUCGACUAGUAGAGAUCUGGGCUUUUGCAUUGGCUUGAGGACCGGUUCACCUGCUCAAGAAGUUACACAAGAGAGAAGAGUCUCUUCAGAUCCACCGCUUCAGCUCGAUCUAUUACCUUUCUCUCCAGUUCCCCGCCCAACCCCUCCUUCACAGCUCCGAUUCCCCUGGCUCGCCGAUGGACCUGGCAACCGGUUCCCGGGUGGAGUAACAGAGGAGGUAGACGAAGGGGCGUCUUUGUCGUCUCCGAAUAGUACAACGUCGUCGUUUCAGAUGGAUUUUGGAAUCGGAAGAAGCAAGAGAGAUUUUGAUUUGGAGGUUGAGAACGAGAGAACUGGUUCGAAAACGAGUGAUGAUGAAGAUAACGGGUUGACCCGGAAGAAACUUAGGCUUUCCAAAGAACAAUCUGCUUUUCUCGAAGAAAGUUUCAAAGAACACAAUACUCUCAACCCAAAGCAGAAGCUUGGUUUGGCCAAACAGUUAAAUCUUCGUCCGCGACAAGUGGAAGUUUGGUUCCAAAACAGAAGAGCCAGGACGAAGUUGAAGCAGACAGAGGUAGACUGUGAAUAUUUAAAGAGAUGUUGCGAAACGCUGACAGAAGAGAACAGGAGGUUACAAAAGGAACUUCAAGAACUAAGAGCCUUGAAAUCUUCUCAAUCUUUCUAUAUGCAACUUCCUGCCACCACCCUCACCAUGUGCCCCUCUUGUGAGCGAGUCGCCACCUCCACCUCCUCUUCCGCCGCCACUACUACCGCCACCACCUCUUCGGCGUUAUCCCUAUCCAAACCUAGGUCCUAUCCAUUCCCUCAUGGUUCAAUCCACAUGUCUCAGGUCCAGGCCCACCAAGCUACUUCGUGAGAUAUUAUUCUGCUCCCAAUUUUUUUUUGUAGGUGUGGGGUUUGUGAGACAUGAUUUGUUUAAUCUUUUUUGUCUUCUUGCCAAUGGAUCCUUGAUUAGAUGACAAGGAUCCAAAGAGUAUGAUGAUGAUGAUACAUUAAUUUGUUGAUUAAUGAAAAUUUUAUCGAAAACGAUUUUGUGUGGUUAUUA